AUGAAGGAACGCUCAAGGCAGCACCACGACCUCUAUCAAGGACCGCAAUCACCUCAAUUUUCUGUUCUACACUACGAUUUCUCCGAUAUGAGGUCUACAAGUCCUAAAUACGGACAAGACCUUGGUGGCGUCGAGGCGCAGAGCCGCAAGCAGGCUGCCCGCCCACCGGUGGUCAUGGCGAGUACAUGUACGGGGUGUGUGACAGGAUGCGAAGAGCCUUCGUGCCCGGCAGUGGAACUCACUCAGCCUGGGUGCACCAGCCGAUGCGUCGAGAUCGUCCACGUCGUCCCGUGCCCGUAUCCGAACCACGAAAACGACGACGAUGCCGCCCCAUGCGACACAGACUGCGAGGGAAUUGCAGACUGCUCGAUGUGUGUGCCGGAGAAGCUGGCUGCGUACUGCCCGCAAGACCCAGCAUGCGCUGCAGAAAACCUUAGCGCCUGUGGGUUGGAAGCGACGGGCUACAACGCGCUCGACUCUGAUUUUGAUUCGUGGUUCUGCGCAACGUGCAUUCCUGGCGACGCAUCCGAUGCUGUAACGCCGCAAUCCAAGCAGCAACAUGCUUAUUCGCAACCCGUCUCAUCGGAUAUUCCGAGCCAAAACUGGUCGAUCCCUAAUCCACCACCAGCGUUGGAAGCUCGGUAUGAGGAUACUAUCCUACCCACCCCUCCUACGUCAACAAUCCAGACGUCGAAGGGGGAGCAUCCAACUUCCUCUUUAAAUAGUACUGAUCGCUUCGCCUCGCCCAAUAACCAGCAACCACAGCAAGCGCCCCAGCAGUCGCCACCGCAACCGCUAUAUACCUGUAUGUGGGGCGACUGUCUAGCGUGCUUCAACAACCUCCAGGAUUUUGUCGGCCAUGUGAACCUCCAGCAUCUACGACCCCCCGUCGCACCACCCCCACCGGCGCAGUUCCAGGACGCGAGCCCGACGCCGUCGUUCUCUUCCUACGCAUCAUCGCCCAGCGAUUACUCGGCACAGUCAACGCCUGUCAAUCCGUUUUGUCUGUGGCGCGAUUGCCAUGUCGACUCGUCUUUGAGCAGUUUGCCUGGCCCUUCUUCACAAUGUGCGUCCCAGGCGUUCCUCGAGGCGCUUGAAGCGCAUCUUUUGCACGACCAUCUUGGCAUUCGGAACUGUCAUCCACUGCGCCCUUUCGAAGGCGCCCACCAGGAACAGCCCUUGUGGAACGACCACAGUCGUAUAUUCGACACUGCCGCGCAGGAACAAUCGGCUGAAAAAAAUCCUGCUCCCCCUCCCGCCCCCCCGCCACUCAACAGCAACAGCCCCGUUGAAUCGGCUGCUAAUUCGGAUACAGAAAUUGGUCAUGGGCAUGAUUGUUCGAUUGAGGUCCAUCGGUGCCUCUGGCAAUCUUGUGGCCUGCACUUUUCGACUUGCGACGAGCUGACAGAGCAUCUAUCGUCGGCUCAUGUGGGUGGCGGCAAGGGCCACUACGACUGUCGGUGGGAGGGCUGCGAUAGGCAUGGGGAACGAUGCUUCACCAGCAAGCAGAAAAUAUGCAGGCACCUCCAAACCCAUACUGGGCACAGGCCUUUCCAGUGUAAGGUUUGCAACGAAAAAUUCUCCGAGGCAGCCACCUUGCAGCAACAUAUGCGUCGCCAUACCAAUGAGAAACCAUUCAAAUGCAGUCAUCCUGGUUGCGACAAGUCCUUCUCAAUAAGAGGUGCCCUAACAAUACAUCAGCGAACACAUGACGGCUCGAAGCCGUUCAAGUGCUCAUAUUGCCAGAGAGCUUUCUCCGAGUCAUCUAAUCUGUCGAAGCAUCUGAGAACUCAUACUGGUGCCAGACCGUACCCUUGCACCCACGAUUGCUGUGGGAAGGCCUUUGCGAGGCCUGACCAGCUCACGAGGCAUAUGCUCACACACAGGAAGAGUUGA